GUCACCGGGUUCUGGUUCCAGGCAUUGUCCUCAGAACAAGACCAGGGCUGGGCUGCAGUGGGAAGAGUGCCAUACUGUGCCGGGGAUGCAGCAUGGGCAAGGGGGAAAAUGGUGCAGGGAGGGAGGUUCCUGCAGUGAGAUGCCAGCCUAGGGAGACCCAGGGAGGGCUGCGAGGGGCAGAGGUGACCAUGGCAGAGCUGAGCAGCCACAUCCAGCAGCACCAGCAAGAGAUGGAAUUCUGUCAGUCCCAGGGCCAGAGAGAAGCAGUAGUGCUGGAGCCACAGCAUGGAGGGGCCCAGACACGCCAGGACUCACAGCAGCAGGACACGCCAGCCUUCCUACAGAUGCUGCAGGUGGACCUGGACAUCUGCAGGGACCUGAACAGCAUGCGGCUGGCCCAGCUGCAUCUGCAGCAGCGUGUGGUGGAGCAGAAGCACCAGGACUUGAUCUCUCAGAAGCAUCGUUACCAGGCAAUGAUGGAGCAGGACCAGAAGGACACAUCUCAGAUAGAGGCCACCUCUGCAUAUUCCUGUAGUAGUUCCGGUGCAAGUAAUGAUCUCCUGGAGGAGUACACAGAGCAACUCGAGCAGGUGGCCAUGCAAGCAGGUAGAGAGCACUGCAGACAGAGGUGGGAAGUCCAGGAGCAUCAGUACUGGUCGUCGACAGGGCACAGCACUGCUAAGGAAGAAGCCCAGGGCAGGAGGAGGCAGUGCCAGCAAGCAGCCCUGUCUCGAGCAGCCCAAGUCCCAGCACGGUCACUGGCAGCCCAGAGCUGCCUACAGCACAAGAAGGAACAGCUGCAGCCACAUGCAGGGAGCACCAUGCAGUGCACAGAGGAACAGCCGUGCUCUUGUGCAAAGAGCAGCAUGCAGCACACAGCUGACAGCAGCAUAGUGGAGCCGCGAGCGCCGCAGGAGGUAGCAGAAAGCAGGGAGAUGGCAGUGUGGCUCCAGAUGGAGCUGAGCCAGUGGCAACAGAAGCAGCAGGUGACUCUGGAGCAGUCACUGCAACACAUGCAUGCUGCUGCCCAUGCCAAACAGGAACUACAGAAGAGCCAAGAGCAACUCCAAGCCCUGAAGAAGCAGCUAAAGGCUCAGAAGGAGCAGAACCGGACCCUGCAGCACAGCCUGGAAAAGCAGCAAGAGGUGCUGACAGCCACCAAGGCUCGGGAGAUGCAAAGCUUGCAGCAGCUCAGUAGACACAAGCAGACAAUCCACGACCUACAGCAGAAAGCAGCCUCGAGCAGAAAGAAGGUGGCAGAGCUGCUACAGCAGGUGGAGGAAGUGGCAUCCCUGAAGGCAGAGCUGGCCCAAGCCCAGAGAAAGAUAGGCCACAAUCUUCCACUCCUUUGUCGUUAUGAGAAAGAGAGGCAGCAGCUCCACAGGGAACUGGAGAAGCAACAGAGGGCCCAGGUGCAGAGCCAGCAGGAGGCCCGCUCCUUCCAGGAGAAGCUGCAAAAGCUGAGCAGCCAAGUUCAGUACUGGCAGGAGUUACACCAGGACACUCAGCAAACUCUGGCUAGACGGGAAGAUGAGCUGUCUGUCUGUAAUGCGGAGAUGGAUUUCAAGGAAGAAUUCAUCAAGGCCAUGAGACAGGCUCAGGCCAGGAACAGGCAGAACCAGAACCACAGCCCAAGGGCAGGAGGAGUGCAACCUGAGCCCCAGGCACCGCUGAAGGACAGAUCCUGGCCUACAGGCAGGACAGAGGUGGAAAGGCCAGGCCACGAGUGGGUUAACUGCAGAGCCAACAAGGGAGGAGGUGGUGGGUCUGUAAAAACCCUGCACUCUUCCCACACCCCAGCCUGUUCUAACAGGUUGCACCAGGACAGGAAUCUGAUGCUGAUCAAUAACAGCCAGAAUGUGAAAGAGCAGAUGCAGUCAAAUGAGAAGCAACACCACAAGAUCCAGCAGCAAGUCAAGCAGGCUGCAGAGUUCACAGGCAAAAACCAGCAUCUUCAAGACACACUGGACAGCUUGCAUGUGGAAAACACAUACUUCAGGUCUAGAACACAUGUACAGUACCACAAUCAUGAGCAGAUGAAGGCUCUACAGGGCAACAACCUGACUGCACGAGCCCUGCAGAACUUGGCAGGGUUGUCUCUGCCUGGAACUUACCUCCAGGAUGAGAAGUUACACAAAACAACGGAAGGGUUAAAGACUCACAACCUUUAAACAAAUAAAAUUAUUUCUCUUCUGUAGCAAAAAUA